AUUACAAUAUAAUCUUGAUAUUGUUUUCAUAAAGCAAUUCGAUAUCAUCUAUUUUUGGUUUGAUUCAGAUGAUGUGAAAUAAUAAUGAUAAACAUCAAGAUGAUGAUUAAAGAUGAUAAAAUUUUCGAUGAGAAAGAUGAUCAAGAUGAAGAUGAGGAUGAAAUGAUGAGACGAGUGAGAAAAAAUUUCACAAUAUUAUUGACAUUCGAUUUUACUUCUUUUUCCUUGUUCUGAUUAUCGUAAACUCAAUUUCGUUUUCAUCAUCAUCAUCUUUUAUCAUCAUUGCAAGGACAUUAUCUAAUCUUUGAUGAUAUUUCCUAUGGCUUCAUCUUCAUCUUCAUCUUCAUCAUCAUCAACCUGCUCCUUUACUUCAACCCUUACAAUUUAGAUCAUCAUUUUUACUGUUACUUUGAAUCUUUUGUAAAUCUUUAUCUUCCUCAAUUAUCAUCAUACUUAUCAUCCAAAGUUUCAUUGUUUCUCUGUCUAUUUCUCUUUCUUUUCUUCCCCUAAUCAUGAUGAUCUAAGUUAACUUGCAAUUUAAUUUAAUUCAAUCAACAAUCAACAUCCGAAUAUCAACAGUCAGUGGAUCUUAAUCAUUUCGUUGAUCAGAUUGAUUUUCUGAUUGGUUUUCACAGUUGAUUAUGUUCAUCUUAACCACAAUUAGUAAAUUAAAGGCCCAUUAAACUUACCGACUAGUCUAUUAUUAGUUAAUUUUAAUUGCUCCUUAACUUACAACAAUCUUAAUCUUAAUCUUAAUCAUCAUCAUCAAUCAAUCAACAUCAUCUUAUUGUGAAUAAAUUAUAACGUUAAUUGAGUGUUUAAUUCAAAUGUGGAUAAUUUUUGUUUAGAUUAAUUGAUCAAUGAUUAAACUGGAAAACAUUUGAUUGUGAUUAAUUGUGAUUGUAAAUUGUUAAUAUUGUAACUGAUGAACUACCCAAUCAACUCAACCAUGAAGCAAUUAAUUGUGAUUCUAGUGAUUUUAUUAGCUUCUUAUGUUCAUCUAUUUCAAAUUUACUGUAUCUCAAUGGUUUCCAAUUCGGAUCCACCCUGUUUCUUUAAUGAACUUUGCUCCUGUUCAAAGCCAAUCAAUGACCUGGGUCAUGUUCAAUGUGUCAAUGUGCCACUUUCCGUUAUACCGGAAGCCAUUAAUCAAUCAUAUGUUUACACUUUAUCCUUCCGUUCAAAUGGAUUACGUUUUAUUGAGCCAAGAUCUUUUUAUGGAACUGGAUUAAAGGGAAUUGAAAUCUCUCAUAAUCUGAUAACGCGACUUGAUGUGGACACUUUUGUCGGCCUUGAGACUUCAAUCCGUGAACUUAACCUAAGGUCAAAUAGGUUAACCUCCGUUCCUGGUUCAGCUUUAACUCGAUUGGUACGUUUACAGAUUUUAAAUCUCUCAGGUAAUCAAAUCCAUGAGAUUAACUUGGACUCAGAUUUUCCGGUUAAUCUUAACGGCUCUUUGAAAGUCCUUCUUUUAGCUUCCAAUGGUCUCACCUCAAUAGGUCAAUAUGCAUUCCGACAUGUUCGUUCCCUUGAAACUUUAGACCUUUCUGGGAAUAAUAUUCACUUUAUUAAUCAGGCCGCUUUCGCGAUUCAACCAGCCUCUUAUCCUCAUCCAUCCAAUUUGGCCAUAAGUCAAUCUUCCCGUUCCAGGUCAAGAUCACAGCAGCAACGAGAACCACUGGUAGCGUUAAAGUAUCUCAAUUUAGCCCAUAAUCGAUUGAAUAAGAUUCCAUUUGACCUUUUAACCAAUCUAACCUUUCUGACCACAUUGAAUCUCGCAUCUAAUUUGAUUACGAUGACAUUUGAUAUGGCUACACCUAGAAGGAUAAUAUCACUUGACCUUCUUGACCUUUCCGAUAAUCACAUUGAAUCACUACCCGAAUCAGCUUUUCGUAAUUUUGAUAAGAUCAACAUCACUCGAUUAUCUCGUAAUCCCCUUCAUCGUAUUGAAAAAAGUGCAUUCACCCAAUCAACUUUGAUCCACCUUUACCUUGACCAUUGUGAACUGGUCAACAUUUCCCGUGAAGCCUGGUCAGGGUUAGAAACUGACCUGAAGACUCUCGAUCUAACAGGUAAUUCACUUCGAGGUGAUUCUCGAACAGGUUCAUUGUUUGUCAACGAUUCGUUUAAUCGACUCGAAGCAUUGAAAAUAUUCAACCUCAACGAUAACGCUGAAUCAUAUCGAUUGUCACCUCUGAGCUUAAUCCAGUCCCAAGAAUCGUUGCAAACAUUUGGCCUUGGAGGUUUUCCUUCCCUUCAGCGCUUACCUUUCAGUCCGAUUAAAUAUCAGAUGCAAUUUUUGAACAUUCGAUCACUGACCCUUGGAAGAACCCAUAUUGACCGACGUUUAAUUGGUCAAGAUUUACUUGGUUAUGGUGGAUACAAUCUCGAAGAAUUGGACUUUUCCUCUUCCGGAAUCGAGGACAUCUCUUGGGACGCGUUUAUCACUUCGCCUUCAUUGAAGCUUUUGAACCUUUCCUCCAACUACAUCCGACGAUUGGACAGUCAAACCUUUCGACCACUUGGUCGAACCUUGCAAAUUCUUGACCUAACCUCAGGUCUUUCAACUUCAACUCUUUCUUGUGAUAUUUUCAUCCACACUCUCGAGUCACUGCGAUCUCUUUACCUUGGUGACAAUGGCCUCUCUUCUCUCUCAUCCCCACACUGUUUCUCUGGACUUCGGUCACUCAAUUUACUCUCCCUUGAGUACAACAACCUUGGGCGACUUUCAUCUUCCCUUUUCCACCCUUUAACCUCUCUGGUUCACCUUCUACUCUCCUACAAUCGUAUCACCACAAUCGAACCUGAAACAUUUAAAAUGAUGGACAAACUUGUCUACCUUGACCUUUCCUACAAUUCAAUCACCACCAUAAGAUCAGCAUCUUUCACUGAAUUAACCUUAAUCACCGAAAUCAAUCUCGAAGGAAAUAAUAUUGAAAACAUCGAAAAAGAUUCAUUUGUUAUCCUUCCUCGACUCUCUCGUCUUAAUCUCUCUUUUAAUCGUCUCAAGAGAUUAUCAUUUGAUUGUUUCGAUCAAAUUGGCGCAAUGACCACCUUAACCCUCGACCUACAGGGUAACUCAAUUGACUUGUCCUCUCUAAUUUCAUCACACUCACCUUCACCUUCACCAAAAUCAUCAACAGUUUCAGGUGAAUCGAAAAUGUUACCAAAUGAUUUUCACCAUUCACCUUACGAUUAUCAACCUCAACUUAAUCCAAAUCAGGUUUACAAUCAACACCGAGUUACCGCUAAUUCAGUUGAGAUUGUUAAUCUAAUCCGUAAUAAUAUAACUUCCCUUAACUCAUCAACCUUUGACUCUAUUCGUAACACUUUAACUCACCUUUUACUUGACGGAAAUGGAUUAACUCGAUUAGGUUGGGAAACUGUUUCCGGUUAUCGAAGAUUACAAAAACUCUCCAUCCGAUCAAAUCUUUUAUCAACAAUUGCUUCUGAUGCUUUUAAAGGUGAAACCAAUUUACAAAUUGUCGAUCUCUCCUGGAAUAGAUUAAUUGAACUUCCAUCUGAACUUUUCCAUGACAAUGUAAACCUUAGGAUCUUACGAUUAGCCGGUAAUGAAUUAACCCUUUUACCUGAGACUUUACUUAAUCCAACAGGUCAUCUUGAAGAUUUAGACCUUUCCUACAAUAGGUUAACCCUUUUUCCAGCUAAAUCAUUGAAAUCGGUUUCAUCUUCACUUCGAAAUUUAAUCUUGACCGGUAAUCAACUUUGGUCACUUCGAAGGGAAGAUUUUGAAGGUAUUCUACCUCGACUAUUGACUCUUGACCUGUCCCAUAAUCACAUCAAACAGAUUCAAUCGUCAUGUUUGACCCCAUUGUCUUCAUUAAUCUCACUGAAUCUUGCCGAUAAUCCAUUGAAAGUAAUUCGAGAUAAUCUAUUGAAAGGCCUUUCAUCAACCCUGGAAGAAGUUAAUCUGGCCUCAACUCGACUCACCGAACUACCUGAUUUAAGUUACAUGGAUUCACUCAUUUAUCUUAAUCUUUCUCAUAAUAAACUGACCGGUCUCACCUUUACUAAUUACUCUUCGUUAAUUAAGCUUGACCUUUCCUCUAAUCAGUUCUCAUCAAUUCCAAAUAAUGUUUGGCAUUUUCUUCCUUCUCUUCAAUCUCUUUCUCUCUCAUCUAAUCCAAUCUCAUUCCUACACAAUGAUUCAUUCAUUGGAUUAAAAUCAUUAGAGACACUGGACAUUGCUAAUCUUUCACUUAACUACAUUCAAUAUGGCGUUUUAAGGCCACUUCCGUCUCUCUCAUCGAUCAGAUUAUCCAACUAUCCGUCCAUUAAAUCAUUUACAUUGGGACGUUUAAUUGGACCAAUUGAUUCACUUCAACAAUUAACUAUUCUAACCGUUAAUUCAUCACAUUUAUCAUCUAGUCUUAUACAUUUACCUGGAUCAUCAUCAAAUGUCCAUAAUUUACCUGUUGAUUUAUCAUCAUUAACUUCAUCAAUAUCUUCAUCUUCAUCAUCAGCCUCAUCUUUAGCCUCAUUAGCAUCCUCAUCUCAAUCAUUACUAUCAUCUUACCAUUUCGGAACCGGAACCAGGUUACCCAAAAAAUUGACCAAAGUAUCAAUUGAAGGGUCAUCAUUAAUUGCUCUCGAUGAUUCACUUUUAUCAACUCUCUCAUCAACACAAUUAACUUUAACCAUCUCGAAUACAAAUCUAUCUACUAUACCAUUGACCAUGUUCAACUCGCUCGGACGGACUCGAACAAUUAACCUUGAUGUACGUAAAAAUGGCCUCCAACGGAUUGGUGACCUACUCUUUGCACCAACAGCUUUUUCAAAGAUGAGAUCAUUGGAUUUGAAGGGUUUCUAUGGGUCAGCUAAUCCAUGGAUCUGCGAUUGUAAACUGGCCUGGUUAAGGGAUUGGUCUAAAUCACUGAUGAGAGAAUCGUUUGAAUUAAUGGUCGAAUCACAUUCCCUGAUACCUGAUCAUAAUCAUAAUGAUUCAUUAGUGGCUAUUGAAGAUCGUUACCAUCAAGUAAUGUCCAUGUUGGCUGACCUUAGGUCAACCCAAUGCUCCAAUUUGGGUAAAUCAAUGUUGAAAGCUUUCACUGAGGAGCUACGAGGCUGCCGACGAGGACGAAGCUCAUCAAUCAGCCUAAGAUCAUCUUCUGCUCAAAUUUAUCUAAUCAUUGUAAUUUGUCUUCUAUCCUCUAUAUUGUCACUUCCAUCAAAAUGGAAAACUUAACUAUCAUAAUUAGGUGAUAUAAUUAAGAAAAAUAAUUAAGAAAACGAAGGAAGAAAAAAUUUAAUCAACUAGAGCAAAGGAAACGGGAAACAAAUCUCAAUACGAUUAAUUAACACUCGAAUCUCAAGUCGGAAGAAAACUCAAUCACAAGAGAAAUAGAGGUUAAUUGUUAAACAUGGAAAAACAAUCUAACAAUUAACUAACACACUCACAUUCACAUUAAAGUUUUAAUAUAAAUCAUCAUUAAUGAAUUGCUUAAUUGCUCCAAUAGAAAUCACUUUAAUCAAAAUUAACAAUGACACCUUUCAACAGCAAUGGCUUUUUCUUUAUGUCCAAAUCAAGGUAAAUUAUUAUUAUGGUUAUUUAAUUGUCAAUGAUUUAAUCCAACAUCAAAGGCCAUUGUAUCAUUGUCAUUAAAUUGUCACACUGCCUCUCAAUAUAUAAAUUAUAUGUUAUAUCAUUGGUAACAAUUAACUUACCUGAAAACGUUGAUAACUCUGGUUUCCUUUUAACAUAAUCCAACCUUAAUUGUUUCAUAGUCUUAAAUCAACUUGGAUUGAUUUAGAUCCACUUUAAUUGUGAUUCCUAGUUUUUUCAUUUUCUUUCUUUUUACCACCCUGAUUAACUUCUUGAUCUCCGUCCAUAAAAAGUUUAAUCACAAUCGAUUAAUCUGGAAGCUGAAUAAACCCAAUUGGAAUCUAAAUUGUAAAAAAAAUCGAAAUCGAAACAAUAAAAUACAAAUAAAUUGUUGACCAA